ACAUAAACACUUAUUAAGUAAUAUUUAUGGAUAAAAUUCUAAAUAAGGUAGUACUUUGAUUUUAGUACUUUGAUUUUAUUGGUUGUAAAGUAAUAGUGGUGAUUGUAACUAAUUUGAGUAUUCGUUAGAAAUUGAGGGUUCGUUUUAACUGUUUACGUCGGGGAAAAAAAGAAUAAUUUUCAAUCACUAUGUUGAAAAAUACUCUUAUUUGGAUAAAAAUGAUGAGAAUAUUAAUAGGAAGUAUUUACUAAGUUCAUUUUUAUAAAGAGUAUCUUAUUUUAUUGCACUAUCUUCUGUAUAUUAAAAGAAAGUAUCAUUAUCAACUGAUUGGAGAAAAAGCAGUGAUGGAAGGAAAACAGCAAAAGUGAAUGAGAUUCAUGCUUCGGGAGAUUUCCGUAUUAAAAUCUGUGGCAGAAUUGGCAGUCGCCAAGUCUUGGCAACUCUUGGGCAGCUGCCCGCUAGAAACUAAAAAAAACAGAAAUGGACAAACUUUAAAGAUGUAACUUGUAACCACCUACAACUGUCCUACAUGAUGUUUAGUGUAUAUGAAUGUCCUUCUAAGUUGAAUAUUGCCCAGGUUUUAAUGAGUGUGUGUUAAAACAAUAGCCACGGAAAGGUGUUACUGUGAAAAAUCAUAGAAAGACCUAUUAAUUUAAAGAUUUUUUCUUUUAAGUUGAAUUUGCUGCACAAUGUUUCAUUAAAUUUGAACUUAACCUGCAUUAAUAACCACAGAAGGGUUGUCUUACAUCUUAAAAUUUGCUUCUACUACCACUGAGAAAAAUUGAAGAAAAGAAUUUUCAUUGCCAAAUGACCAAAAUAACAAUGAAUAGUAUUUAAUAUGAUAUUUCUAAGUUAUUGAAUCAUUCAUUUUAUUGUGAAAUAUGUAUAUAUGUGUCAAAUAUAGCUUAAAUACUUCUCUUGCGAAAAUACUGCUAGUAACUUAAAUACUACUUUCAAAGUAUUUUAAUGCAAUGUGUUAUAAUAUUCGCUUUUAUCAGUUACUCAAGAAAACAUUAUUUAAUUGUGACAAAAUAUUUAUUGCAACUUUUCUAAAAAUCUAUUUUAACCUUGUAUAAGAGAGUGCAACCUAAUAAAACAUUACAAUUAUUGUUCAUGUAAGAGUUUUCUCGAUAGUUUGGCUAAACUUAAGUUAAUUAAGGUUUGCAAUCAAUAUGAGUUUGAAAGACAGCAACUUAUCUAAUGUUCAUGCUGAUCUGAAACCAUAUUCUUGUAGCAUAUGUUAUAAUAGUUUUUUAGAUAGAAGUCAUCUUACUGAGCAUAGUCUCAUUCAUACUAGUGAGAAACCAUAUUCUUGUACUAUAUGUAAUAAAAGUUUUUCGCUGAAGAAUACUCUUACUAGGCACAGUCGCAUUCAUGCUCGUGAAAAACCAUAUUCCUGUAGUGUAUGCAAGGAAAGUUUUUCAUUAAAGAAACUUCUGACUGAGCAUAGGCUCAAUCAUACUGGUGAGAAACCUUAUUCUUGUAGGGUAUGCAAUAAAUGUUUUUCAUUUAAGUGUAGGCUGAUUGAACACACUCGCGUUCAUAAUGGUGAGAAACCUUAUUCUUGUAACAUAUGUUAUAAAAGUUUUUCACUGAAGAAAUCACUAACUAGACACAGUCGCACUCAUACUGGUGGGAAACCUUUCUCUUGUAGUGUGUGUAAUAAAAGUUUUAUAACUGAGAGUCAUCUGAUUGAGCAUAGCCGUGUUCAUACUGGUGAGAGACCUUUCUCUUGUAGUGUAUGCAAUAAAAGUUUUUCAUUUAGGAGUAAUCUGACUGAGCACAGUCGAAUUCAUACUGGUGAAAGACCUUAUUCUUGUGAUGUUUGUAAUAUGACUUUUUCACAGAGGCAACAACUUUCUAGACACAUUCGCAUCCAUACUGGUGAAAAACCUUAUUCUUGUAUUAUAUGUAAUAAAAAAUUUUCGAUUAAAGGUCAUCUGACUGAGCAUAGUCGCAUUCAUACUGGUGAAAAGCCUUAUUCUUGUAGUGUAUGUAAUAAAAGUUUUUCAUUUAGUAGUAAUCUAACUGAGCAUAGUCGUGUUCAUACUGGUGAAAAACCUUAUUCUUGUGAUGUUUGUAAUAUGACUUUUUCAUACACGCAACAACUUACUAGACACAUUCGCAUCCAUACUGGUGAGAAACCUUUUUCUUGUAGUGUAUGUAAUAAAAGCUUUUCAUUUAGAAGUGAUCUGACUGACCAUAGUCGCACUCACACUGGUGAAAGACCUUAUUCUUGUAGUGUAUGUAAUAAAAGUUUUUCAUUCAGAGGUCAUCUGAGUGAGCAUAAUCGCGUUCAUACUGGUGAAAAACCUCAUUCUUGUAGUGUAUGCAAUAAAAGCUUUCGAUUUAGAACUACUCUGACUGAGCAUAGUCGCAUUCAUACUGGUGAAAAACCUUAUUCUUGUGAUGUUUGUAAUAGGUCUUUUUCACGAAAGCAGCAACUUGCUAGACACAUUCGCAUCCAUACUGGUGAGAAACCUUAUUCUUGUAGUGUAUGUAAUAAAAAGUUUUCAUUUAGAAAUCAUGUGACUGAGCAUAGUCGUCGCAUUCAUACUGAUGAAAAACCUUAUUCUUGUGAUGUAUGCAAUAAAAGCUUUUUAUAUAAAAGUCGUCUGACUCGACAUAGUCGCAUUCAUACUAGUAGUUAUGCAAUCAGUAUGAGUUUAGAAGACAGCAAAUCACAUAGCAUUCAUAAUGAUGAGAAACCUUAUUCUUGUAGUGUAUGUAAUAAAAGUUUUUCAAAAAAGCCUAAUCUAGCUAAGCACAGUCUCACUCAUACUGGAGAAAAACCCUAUUCUUGUACUAAGUGUAAUAAAAGUUUUUCACUGAAGCGAUAUCUAACUACACACUAUCGCACUCAUACUGCUGAAAAAUCUUAUUCUUGUAGUGUCUGUAAUAAAAGUUUUUUAGAAAACUUUCAAUUUACUAGACACAUUCGGAUUCAUACCGGAGAGAAACCCCAUGUUUGUAGUGUAUGCAACAAAAGUUUUUCAAGAUCAGAAUAUCUAAAAAAACACAGUCUAUACAAACACAGUCACAUUCAUACUGCUGUAAAACCUUAUUCUUGUAGUGUAUGUAAUAAAAGGUUUUCAGAAAACUUUCAUUUAACUAGACACAUUCGCAUUCAUACUGGGGAGAAACCUCAUUCUUGUAGUGUUUGCAAUAGGAGAUUUUUAAGAUCAUACCAACUAACUAGGCACAGUCGCACUCAUACUGAUGAAAAACCUUAUUCUUGUAGUGUGUGUAAUAAAAGUUUUCCACAUAAAGAAUCUCUAACUGUACACUAUCGCAUUCAUACUGGGGAGAAACCUUAUUCUUGUAGUGUAUGUAAUGAAAGUUUUUCAAGAUUACAAUAUUUAACUUUUCACAGUCGCACUCAUAUUGCUGAAAAACCUUAUUCUUGUAGUGUGUGUAAUAAAAGUUUUUCAGAAAAGACCUAUCUUACUAAGCACAGUCGCACUCAUAUUGCUGAAAAACCUUAUUCUUGCAGUGUAUGUAAUAAAAGUUUCUCACUUAAGGAAUAUCUAACUAAACAUAGUCGCAUUCAUACUGGUGAAAAACCUUAUUCUUGUGACAUAUGUAAUAAAAGGUUUUCACAUGAGUGUAUACUGUCUGUUCACAGUCGUGUUCAUACUGGUGAGAAACCUUAUUCUUGUAAUAUAUGUAAUAAAAGUUUUUCAUUGAAGAAAAUUCUAACUCGACACCUUCGCACUCAUACCGGAGAAAAAUCGUUAUCUUGUGACAAGUUUUAA